CCGGCCGGCCGGAGGAGCCGCUAUGCACCCGGGGCCGCCGUGCGCCUGGCCGCCCCGCGCCACGCUCCGCCUGUGGCUGGGCUGCGUCUGCUUCGCGCUGGUGCAGGCGGAUAGCCCCUCAGCCCCAGUGAAUGUCACCGUCAGACAUCUCAAAGCCAAUUCUGCAGUUGUCAGCUGGGACGUCCUGGAAGAUGAGGUUGUCAUCGGGUUUGCCAUCUCUCAGCAGAAGAAAGACGUGCGGAUGCUGCGCUUCAUCCAGGAAGUGAACACCACCACUCGCUCCUGUGCCCUUUGGGACCUAGAGGAAGAUACCGAGUACAUUGUGCAUGUGCAGGCCAUCUCCAUCCAGGGCCAGAGCCCGGCUAGUGAGCCUGUGCUCUUCAAGACUCCAAGAGAGGCUGAGAAGAUGGCCUCCAAGAACAAAGAUGAGGUGACCAUGAAAGAGAUGGGGAGGAACCAACAGCUGAGGACAGGCGAGGUGCUGAUCAUCGUCGUGGUCCUGUUCAUGUGGGCAGGUGUCAUUGCCCUCUUCUGCCGCCAGUAUGAUAUUAUUAAGGACAACGAACCAAAUAACAACAAAGAAAAAACCAAGAGUGCGUCAGAAACCAGCACACCAGAGCACCAGGGCGGCGGUCUCCUCCGCAGCAAGAUAUGAAAACUUUUCAGUGCUUGCUCUGAGCAGCUCAGAAGAAAGACAUUAGAGAAUGUGAGAGGAUUUCAUGGUUCUGACGAUGAUUAGCCAACAAACAUCUGGCCCUCUCUGCAUCUCCUUCUUCUUCCAUCUCCUUGUAUCCUCGGGCUUACUGUCCUCUCUCUUGGCUUCUCUCUUUCUGGCGCCUUUUCCUGAAGCCUCUUAUUAACUCCCAUCUCCAGAAGCACCUCAACAAUGUCCGUGGCUGAGGCUGUGCCCAGAGGCAGAUCUGCAGGAUGUGAGAGAACCCGCCAGAGGGAUGACUCUGCUGGGGUAGACUGGGUACCAGGGCAAGAGGCCCGGAUUCAGUCUUGGCCACUCAGCUGAGUUUGAAAAGGCAGAGAAACAAGACUUACAGGCAGGGCUACUCUUUUCUUUCCACAAGGGACAAGAGCCUGAUUUUUUAGGCUGUAAUCCUGCUACUCCAUUCCUCCUUCUGUCCUCUCUGUUUCCCACCUUUCAAGAAGUCUAUUCAAUCAGUUUUGGCCACUUCUCUCAUUUUUUCCCUCCCAGUUUCCAAACAAGUCCUCAGUGAACAUCAUCGAAGCAUGACUGCCUGUCUGCAGGGAGAAGGAUUUCAUUUUUCUUCUCUGCUGGUCCCUGGGUCCUGGGCACAGAGAGAGAACUGACCGCAGCAAGGGAGGAGGCACAGUUCUUCCUCUUCCCCAUCUUAGUCUGAUGACAGAGGCUGAACUACAAACCCAAAUUCUGCAAAAAAAUAAAUAAAAUAAAUAAUAAUAAUAAUAAAUAAAUAAGUAAGUAAAUAAUAAGCCACAAAACUAAAAGGCCUGGCCCCAUCCUGGGAAAGGAAAAACUGCAUGAGACACAGCCUUCUGCCUCCUCUCCUCUCCUGGACUGGCUUCCUCUUUGAGAAAAUGCACAAAACCCUGGGAGAUGACAAGUACCAAGACUGACUCAAGCUGUGUCUUUCAGACCGAGGCGCAUCAGGGAAGCCAUAGGGCUGCCAUCAAGCCUUUUCUGGAUCCAGCCAUCAAGGACUUGUUUGUGGUGUGAUGCACACCCUUGUGAGUGUGUUUAAGAGGUCACCUGCUAGGUCUCUUUUGGAAAAAAAAAAUCAAAAACUGGAGGGUACCACUCCAGAGGGCAGAGGUUUCUCCCAAGGUCUGAGCUCGUUGUUGCCUGCAUCCUGUUUUCUUUGACCCUUCCUUUGAUGGUAAGAUCAUCAGCUGGGGUCUGAAGAAGACCUGGAAGGUACUUACUGGCCCUGUCUUUUUUAGCAAGCAUCUCUUGGGAGUUUCAGCAGUGCUGGCUUGGACAACUGAAAAAGCACAUCCAUGUCCUGCAUCCUGGGGGCUGCUGAGCCACCCACUGUAGAACGGUAGCUGCUAGAAGACAGGCACGAGCCAUUCACCAUAGACAGAAAGAGCAGCCUGGCUGUCACUACUGGCCUCUGGGGUCUUCAUAUCUUGCCAUCUCAUCCAAGGUUCUGUGAAAGUUACCCAGGGUCCUCAUGUCCUUCCCUAGAGCCUGAGUGGUGUAAGGUGACAGGUCUCUCCACUGCCCCUUACUGGUUUUUAAAAAACAAAAAAAUGGUGCUUGAUGAGGGAACCAGACUCUUCCCUGAGACUGACACAUUAUGGCUACCAAAUGCUUGCAUAGGAAGAGGCGAACUGUGCAUCUUCCGCUGGUGGCCAAGGCAAGGAUGUGGAAGGUUGUGCCUAACACAAGCCUGACACACAGCAAGUACUCAGUAAAAAUAUGUUGCACUGACUGGUAAGAGCACCAGCCUCCUCCAAGCCAGAGAGCUGAAAGCCAUCACCCAGUGACCACCUCUUCCUUUCAGUCUACAAGAGCUCUCAAGGCUGGGUCAGCCAGCACUCUGCUUUGGAGUGUGGCAGCACAGGAGUGGAGAGACAGGAGAAUGGGCAGAUGUCAGCAAUACUAAGGGCUUCCUCCUGGGAGGGCAUGGGGCUCCACUCAUCAUCUUGUGACUUCCAUCCCUGCUGAGUGGGGAGCAAGGCUCCUUAAGGGAGAGGUCCUUACCUCUGAUCCAGUUAGAGCAAUAAUCACUUUUUAAAUGUAAAAUAAAAAGACAAAUGAAAAGGCA